AUGGGCCGUGUCCGCACCAAGACCGUGAAGAAGGCCGCGCGGGUCAUCGUGGAGAAGUACUACAGCAAGCUCACUUUGGACUUCCAAGUGAACAAGAAGAUCACUGAGGAGGUGGCCACCGUCCCUUCCAAGCGCUUGCGCAACAAGAUCGCGGGCUUCACCACGCACUUGAUGAAGCGCAUCCAGAAGGGCCCUGUUCGUGGCAUUUCCCUGAAGUUGCAGGAGGAGGAGCGUGAAAGGCGCAUGGAGUUCGUGCCUGACCAGUCCGAGGUGAACACAGAGUUCAUCCAGGUGGAUCCUGACACCAGGGACAUGCUGAAGGAGCUGGAGAUGGAUCGCCUGCCCAACAUCACCACCUCCAACGUGCCGCAGGUAGAAGGGUGGUGUCCGAAGGUCAAGGAGGAGAAGUUGGGACUGGGGCAAAUUCGUUCAGAGUGUAAGUGGCACAAGCACGCUAGUUGGCAGGUAGCAGAGUGGAAGAUGGGCCGUGUCCGCACCAAGACCGUGAAGAAGGCCGCGCGGGUCAUCGUGGAGAAGUACUACAGCAAGCUCACUUUGGACUUCCAAGUGAACAAGAAGAUCACUGAGGAGGUGGCCACCGUCCCUUCCAAGCGCUUGCGCAACAAGAUCGCGGGCUUCACCACGCACUUGAUGAAGCGCAUCCAGAAGGGCCCUGUUCGUGGCAUUUCCCUGAAGUUGCAGGAGGAGGAGCGUGAAAGGCGCAUGGAGUUUGUGCCUGACCAGUCCGAGGUGAACACAGAGUUCAUCCAGGUUGACCAAGACACCCGCGACAUGCUCAAGGAGCUUGACAUGGACCGUCUGCCGAACAUCACCACCUCCAACAUGACCCUGGUGGGAACCAUGAGGAGACACUGA